GUCAGUCGAUGAAGAGCCAUUUCCGCCAAAUAAAAUAAAACAAUCGCUGGCUAAAUGUAAUCGAAGAAUAGAACGGAACAAAAGCAGUCUGGCUUCGUGUAAUCAACUCAGAUAUUGGGGGAUUCACUUAGCAGGGGUUGAAGGGAAACCUGCGAGUAUUGUCUCACAUAUGGGCUCCCUUCAUUUGCCAACAACUCAACCAAGACUAUAUCGAUUAUUGUUUGGCUAUCGCCCCGAAUUAACACAGAGUCGCUGGUUCCUCGACCUUCCGCCAAAAAAUAUUUGCGAAAGUUAUGUCUGUUAUUCGGUUUAACGGUCUGCGAGCGAACGAUCGUUGACAUCGAGUCGACGUGAUGGAAGAAUCACUUCGCAGCGAAUCAAUGCGCACGCAUUGCUUUCUCGCGAAUAGACGAGCGACCGUUGGCGUCGAACAAAGGUCGGUGAUACACGCGUUUAACAAUGAAUAUUCGCUUGUUUAUCAGUGAAAUUAAAAAAAGGCCAGUUCUGUGGGACCAUUCCAACCGGCAUUAUUACAGCAAGAAUGCCUUAAACGACGGAUGGCUCGAAAUCGCGAAAAUGUUCGACAUCGAAGUUUAUUCAGCUAAACAGAAAUGGAAGAACCUGAGAGACACAUUUCGCGUCGAACUGAAGAAAACCAAGAGGUACAGAUCUUCAGACGGGACGUCGAGGUGCAUUUGGGCCUAUUAUGAAGAUAUGUACUUCAUUAAGGAUAUCCUAAGGACAAGACGAGCACCAGAUCCCGAACUACCAACUGCUAGCCCUGAAAUAACCGAAGUCGCCAAUGAAACCAUCAAGACUGAGAAAGACUCAGUCACUUAUUCGCCAAGUCGCCUAACUGACGAUGCCUCAAACAUUGUUAUUGAAAAUGUUACCUCGCUACAUGCCGACAGUGAUGUCGAUACGACAAACGAGCAGAUUGACCAAAGAGGGGUUAAGAGGAAAUGGUUCAAGGAGGAACAAACGGAAGGGAAUGAGGACGACCAAGAUGACGACUUACUGUUCUUUCGGAGUUUGCUUCCCUUUGUCAAAAAAUUGGACCAAGACAAAAAAUUGUUGUUCCGGAUGAAUGUCCAACAAAUGUUGUAUGACCAGUUGUAUAAUAAUUAAUAAAUUAAGUUUCUUCUU